AUGAGCCGACUCACAGCUUUGGUCCUGAUUUCAACCAUUACCUUCAACAUCGCCACCUUUGCGCUUGGAGCGGCCACGUUAGCAGAGUACCUCAACCAACGCAGCUACCUUCUGGGUCUCGUCCCCAAAGCCAAUAUCCACGACAAUGCCUACAUCGGGGCAGCUAGUUACAGCAUAUGCUCGAGUUUCCUGUCCGCCUUGAUCUUUCUCAUCGUGCUCAUCAUCCAAGUGCUCCGGCGCACCAUUGCCUAUCGAGUCCUAAUCGUGUGUUCGGUCGUGCCAAGUCUCAUCGGCUUCGCUACUGCGAUCGCCUUGACCAUUAUCACGGCGACGAAGGUGGUGUCAUUCGGGGAUAGUGUCGGGCCGCGUGUGACUACAUACUUGGAUGAGGCUGCCGAUAGCGACGGGGUCCCCUUAGAAUAUCGGAAGGAUGCUGUUUCCAUCGCGGCUGUUGUGAUUGCCUGGGUGGGAUGGGCCUUCACUGUGGUCGGAUGUGCUUUAUUACUCAAGUCUUGGCGGAAGAAAUUGGUGAAGCAGACAUCGUUGGGAUCUCAGGGUGAGAAAGCCGCUUGGUCUGAAGAUGGCAGUGAACAUGGUCGAGCUUGA